AGAAAAAAGAGGAAAAUGUUGCUGCUGUCUCUUUAAAAGCAUGACGCAGAAAGAAAGUGAAAGUUAAGUUUCUUCGCUGGAAAAGACUGAGCACACACAACUCUCUCUACUGCAGUGCGAGAACACGCUCAAAACAAAAAUGGCCUCCAGCCUUCAUCUCUUAUCUAUGGAGCAGUUCCUUUGUCCAAUCUGCCUGGACACGAUCACUCAACCAGUGACCACUCCAUGUGGACACAACUUCUGUAUGUCCUGUCUCACGACACAUUGGAACAACAACCCUGUCUGUCGGUGCCCGAUGUGCCAGGAAACAUUUGAAAGGAGGCCCAAUCUCAAGGUCAACACUUUCAUUUCAGAGCUUGCGUCACAGUUAACGUUGCUUCAUAUGACAGAUGCUAACAUCUGCAGUGCGGCCCAGCCGAAGGAUAAAUCUGGCUGUGCAGUGCUGUGUGAUGUUUGUGCUGAAACCCAGCACGAGGCCAUCAAAUCCUGCUUGGAGUGUCAGACGUCUUACUGUAGUGAUCAUCUAGAGCCUCAUCGUAGAGCUGCAGGACUGAGGAGACACACACUGGUGGACCCUGUGGUGAGCCUGGAGGACAGGAUUUGUAAGGAGCACAACCACUUCUUUGCCAUGUUUUGCACGGAUGACAGUGUUUUGCUGUGCGACAUCUGUGCCACUUCACAGCACGUGAACCACAAUGUUGUUUCUGUUCAGCAAGCUCACAAUGACAUGAAGGGUCAGCUGAGAGAUAGGGAGAUAAUCGUGCAGGAGAUGAUCAAGAAAAGGCAACAGAACGUGAGUGCCAUGAAGGAGUCACUAAAACAAAGCAAGAUAGAAACCACAGACGUGAUCGACGACAGCGUGCAGGAUUUCACAGCACUGGUGUCUGAGAUCCAGAAGAGCCAGGUGGAGCUCGUGAAAGUGAUCGAGGAGAAGCAAAAAGCAGCAGAAGAAGAAGCAGAAGAAUUGAUAAGCAGGAUGGAGCAGGAGGUGAUUGAGCUCCAGAGGAAGCAGGUGGAGAUGAUGGAGCUAAGACAGACUGAAGACCAGCUCAGUUUCCUCCAAAACUUCCCACACUCAUCCCCACCAACGUUCCUCAUGGACUUGUCCAUGGUCAACUUUAACAGAACCUUGGAGAUCCGUCACAUGCAGAAAUAUUUGAGCAGCUCUACGUCGCAGCUGCGGAGGCUUCUGAAUAAAAUGACCACGGACAUAAACACAUUCUCUGUGUCAAACGUAGCCGCGCUGAGAUACCUUCAGCUGUUUGAGCAGAAUAUUGAGCUCGACCAUGACACAGCUCACCCACGGCUCAUUUUAUCUGAUGAUGGGAAACAGGUGAGAUUCAACAUUGGGCCAGUAUUGAAAAGGAUCCAGGCCCUGAAGCCAACCAUGUUCAUGAAACACCUUGCAGUUAUGGGAAACAGAGGCUAUUCAUCAGGCAAGUUUUACUUUGAGGUGUUUGUGAGUCCAAAGACUGAAUGGUCUCUGGGUAUCGCCACAGCUUCUAUCCAGAGGAGAGGGAUUCUUGCUCGAAGUCCCCACUCUGGACUCUGGGCCAUCUGGUUUCUGAAAGACAGGUUUGAAGUCUUCAGCUAUCCAGGAGAGACCGUAUACUUGGGGAAAACGGAGAGGGUCGGAGUGUUUGUGGACUUCGAAGAAGGUGACGUAUCAUUCUAUGAUGUGCAGACGGCCACACGUAUCUACUCAUUCACUCAGUGUGUCUUCCACGAGAAGCUUUAUCCAUAUUUCAACCCUUGUGAUAAUGAAUAUGGAUCAAACUUAGCUCCACUGGUCAUUGUCCCGGUCAGUCGUACGUUGGAUUCAGAGAGUCAGGGAAUCGUGGGUUGAUUACAAAAAUGCAGCUCAGGUAUAUAUUAAAAACUAACUUGUAUUUAGUCUGUGCGUCUUAAAGAUUUAGUGAGUAAGAAUAGGUGACACUGCAGAUUAUACCUCCCUUUCCAAAGCACAUCAGGGAAUUACAGUGGCCGUCACAUACCAGAAAGAAUGUCAUUCGUCUUUGUUUGCAUAGUAAGCUUUCACUACAAAACAAUUUUUUUGAUGUUGCUUUUAUUGUAGCGUGCGAAGUGACACGAUAUAUAAACCCAUAGAUAAAUCCUUAUCCGUUAUUACUAUUCAUAUAUUUAAGGUCUGUCGGCCUUGUUUCAGCACUACUGUUGGAUGUUGACUUAAAAAAAUAUGUUGAUUCUAUUUGAACACUUCCUUGAUGACACACAGUGAGCAAACAACAGAUGCCACAGUUUGUGAAUUUAUGAAAUAAAAUAUUGGCCUGUUUCUGUACUCGCCGCAGAAACAUCUAACCUUUUAAAGCGCUGCCAUAACAAGUGAACCUCCCGACUUGGGCACUGAUGGGUGACAUCAGAUUAAGUGACAGACCUAAGUUUGGAGCAGUUGUUUUAAUAUCUCUUUUACAUUGAAGACAUUUUUCUAAAUAAAAAUAUAUUUAAUUAAUCA